GAGUCAUCGCCGUCAGCUCAGAGAAGAGAAACCGGAAGUCCCCGACGAUCUGGGCCCAGCCCUAGUGCCAGUCCUCCACCGGUUGCUGAGGGUAUUACUGUGUCACCGACUCUUCUUAAAGAACUGUCGGGGGGUCAGAAAGUCGAGUUCAUUGAUUUUGUCAAGGUUGGUAAAAUUUUAUGUGUGUGCCGAAUAGAACCCUUGUUUUCAUUGGAUUUCUUUUUGGAAGUUGUGUUGCCCCCUCCCACCCACCCCUUGCUGAACCUGCGCGGAUGUACGUAAUAUAGGCAAUUGAGGGACUCUUUGCUAUACUAGCAUUCGGCUCCGAGUGGGGUUGUAGCAAUACUCCUAGCUGUAGCCUUUUGUUUGACGUUUUCUCCUCUCACAUUUAAUAAUAGUCUCACCCUGAUGGUCUAACUUUUGGGUAAGUUAUUAUACCAUUCAAACGAUACCUUGCACGAAAACCGAGUGGGGGCUGGAGAUAGACGGGGAAGUCUCUUUUCUCGCCGUUUUCGCUCACCCACUUUUUCUGCUCGUUUGCACUGACUGAGAGCCUGGCACAGGCUAAUGAAACCUCUACAACCGCUCUUGUUCUUUUGUUAGAGUCCUACUGGUCUUGGUUUUGCUGUGGUGGAAGGCCCAGGAUUUGUUGAGGGCCAGACAGGUAUAUACGUUAAGGACAUCACUGAGGGAGGACCUGCCCAAAAGGUACUUCAACCUUUUCCUGGUUCUCUCAUACAAAAUGCUUGUGUAUUUAUUGAAGUCUUUGUGUUAACGCUGCGUUUUUGAAAGGACUAACGAGACAUUUGACCUCAGUGAAGAGUUCUCCUAAGCUAGUUUCUGCUUAUCUUUAGGAUAACCGAUUGAGGAAAGGAGAUCAGCUGCUUGCAGUGGAUAACCAGCCCAUUGUAGGACUUUCUCAUGCUGAGGUAAACGACUGUCGCUAGUGAAAUACAAUAGGGACUUUAAGAUCUAACGACGCGACGGUAACGACAACGUCGCCUAAAAAGUGAAUUUGCGUUCCUUCAAUCUUAAUAGCGAUUAUUCCUCCCUUUUUACUUUGUCAAAUGUAGGCAAACUCUCCGGAAGCUGAAUUUCAAGGGAGCAUAUCAAAGCUCAGAAAGAGAUAUAAAAAUUUCGUCGUUGCUUGUUUACGUCCUCCAUAAAACGCCAAAUUAGGCAUUUUCACGUCAUAGUCGUGCAAAAACAGGAAAGAAAUGUACAAAAAAGCGUGAUGCACGUGCAAAGUUGUUGUUUUGCUUAUUCAAUCAAUUGGGUUUUUUUUUUGACGUUCUCGUUGCCGUCUGCGUCGUUGGAUCUUAAAGUCCCUAAUCAAACCUUCGGGGACGCACAUACUUCGUUAACGGACAUUAAAAUGCUCUCCCGGGGCGGAAAUUUCACUGUUAAGACGCUUUUUUUUUUUAGCCUCCCGUAAAAGGAUACCUCUCGUAAGCAAACGUGCACAUCCCUUCUCGGGGCUGUAGAACCUAAAAAUAACCUUCCUCAAGCGGCCAGUAAACAAAACAAGACUAGACUUAAGAAGGAUUCAAACUGCAGACAACUGAGGGACGGAGAAAAGGAACACUACCUUGCCUUGUGAGCCUUUUGGCCUACAGACAUAGGAAAAGAGAGGGAAAGAAAGAUUUGAUUAGGUUUCCGCUUUUAUAGUCGCUGUUAUCUCUGCGAUCUACAAAGUGACCCGUCGAGAAACAAACGAUAGGUGAAGCCUGUCAUACACAAAGCACCCUGAAUACUGUCUUUCGGCGUUGUAUUUAAAAAAAAAAAUGGUAACGAAGAAAAAGUGUGGCUGGUUAUAUUGUCAACAAUUCCUUUAACAAUCAAUCAAUAGUCCAGUUUCGAAUUAAAAAUUACCGCUGAAUACAAACAUUAACGACACAUUUAUACAGGGUUAGCCUCGACGUAAAGUAAAAUAUUCAGAAAUUCUGGCAAGUAAGUGUUUGAAAUUUGAAUACGGCUAUUUCGAAAAAGGUUGUCGGAAAAAGUGCACGCGACAAUCCCGAAAGGUAUUGUGGGUGGUUUUGAGAUCACUGUUCUUCAUAAAAAUUUUGAAAGAAUGGCACGAGAGGCCAUGGACUAUGUUUCCGAGUGCUAAAGCGAAGCAGCAAAAGUAGGUUCGACAGCUACAGUGUCAGAAACAGGGUAUUGAUCAUAUCCCAUAUUACCUUUCGGGAUUGUCGCGUGCACUUUUUUUUCCGAAAACCUUUCUCGAAAUAGCUGUAUACACAAUAGACAGAGUAGUAAACAGGUCUUUUUCUCGUUGGAAUUUGUGAAUAUAUUACUUCAGAUUGAGGCCAAGGCUGUAAAAAAUGCGUCUUCACUUCUUUAAUUCAGCGGUCAUGGCGAACUCGAAAAUGGACUAUUAGUCAAAGUAGGCUUAAAACUCCUCCCUCUCUACUCAUUAUUGAGCCAAUCAAAGCGGUUAAUAACUCGUGACGGUGGUCCUGCUUUAAUAGCUUCGUUGGCAAACACCUGUGCUUACCGGAUCAGCUUUUAAAAGUGUUGAUUUGUUUGUUUUUAGGCUGUUGCCAUAUUAAAAAGAACCAAAGGAAAGGUGUCACUCGUGGUUGCCAGGAAACAAACGCCAGCCGGAAGUGGACAAGUUUCCGAAAAGACCGGAAGUCCGCGCGCCAUUAAGCGGGGACCUCCUGUUGCUAAGAAACCUGUCAGGGACUCUUUAUCAGAUCCCAAAAAACCCGGCAGUCCAAGAAAAGCCGAGAGUCCCCGAAUGACUAAGAAAGCUUACGAAAGGUCUCCGAGUGGAAGUCCUGUAUCGCCGAGAAAAUCUCCACCCAAACCAGAAGUGCCUGAGCCAGAAGUUCUGGUUAUCCAGCAGUCUCCUAGGGAAGCAGCAGGUAUGUGGUAUAUUAUAUACUGUUGUUUACCUUGGAUUAGACUUAAUCAAAGCCCUGGUUAGGUCGCGACUCUGUUUCUCGCUGUCGCUCGCUUUGCGAGUGCCCCUCGCGCCUUCGACGCUCUCGUGGUCGACUUGUGGCAAAUCUUACCUUUAAUAUUCUUUUACUGGCAUGUUCAACUGACUUCUUCUCUCUCUUCUUGUUUUCACAGUUACGCCCCUUGUCUCAUCGCUGACACAGAUCCCAAAUCCCCGUACAGCACCAAUAAUUCCCGGUCAAGAGUGUGUGAUUGAAAUUCCUAAAGGCAACACUGGCCUGGGGCUUAGUAUUGUAGGCGGAGCAGAUACUCUCUUGGUGAGUUCAAGUUGUGGCAAUUGAUUUAAUUUACCACUAACAUUGCUGGUUUUCACGUGAGGUCAUUACCAAGUUCUGUUCGGCGUCUUCCCAGGCUUUCUCGGGCGAUUCAUUUCGGUGACGUGUCCGAGACGAACAUAGGUCGCGCGAAAAAAUUAGGCCUAGGUACUAGGCAAAUGCCUCCAUUCAAAUCUCUGUUAAUUUUGGGUCAAUCAUUUCUCCUCGUUUCUCGCGUUUGAAAAAUCACACAGAACUGAAUCUUGGCGAGGCUGUUUAUUUUUUAUAUUUUAUUUUUUCCCAUUCCCAAAUUCUGGGCUUUAUCUACGUAACGAUUUCGAUUUUUAAUUUUUGAUGGCGUGACAGCGAAAACCAACAGUUUUAAUAGUUCUCGAUUGGUUUUGGGUUCCCUUUCUUAGGUUAGCGUAUUGUUAAGCUAAUUGUUUUGCUAACAAGUGUAGUGAAACCGUAUUGUUCAAUUGAAAAGCGCUUUGAACAGAACGUAGUCUCUCUCGCAACCGUGUUUAGUAUCGCCGACACUAAAAACGGCUGCGAGGGAGACUAAACGGAACGUUAAUGCCGUUUUUAUUUCCCAGGGUGCCAUUGUCAUACAUGAAGUAUAUGAAGACGGUGCCGCUGCUCAAGAUGGAAGACUGUGGGCUGGAGAUCAAAUAUUAGAAGUGAGUUAUCCGAUGUUGUAGAUUGAACUGUUAACGUUGUUAUUUAACCAUAAGAACUACCAGUUUUUGGUUUGUUCGUCAUAUCAAUUAUUUUAGCGUUUUUGCAAAAUCUUGAGGUCUGUAGCGAAGUAAACGUUCGUUAACCCCACCAGGUUUGCCAAACAAGAAUGACUCUGAUUACCUUCGCAUGUGACGAAACCGUUUAAGUACAUAGCGUCGUAAACAAUCAGAUGCACCAUCAGUUUUCAGUCUCACUGGAAUUGGUGUCACCUGCAAUUGAUUCUACCUACGCAUGUCACAUGCUAUUACCGCUGUUCAUACUGACUGAUGGUUUUUCCAAAGGUAAACUCCGUGGACCUACGAGAGGCGACUCAUGACAUGGCUAUCACAGCUCUCCGGCAGACACCAGCUGUAGUGCGACUUGUAGUUCUCAGAGACGAGUCACAGUUUAAAGACGAAGGUGUGGUUCAGAGUUAGUUAUUGUAAUUAAUUUAAGUAUUGAUCGUAGCUACUUUGCAUAGCCUGCGAAGAUUGCGGGGUUGUUAUCCGCUAGAUACUCCCAAUCUUCUCGUGGCUCCGCCGCCAAAAACAGCAGCACUCAACCUCUAGUCCCGCCAGUUAUGCAGGCACACCGUGCUUAGACUGUCGAGUCCUCCUUCCUUACUGCUCUUUUCACAAACACGCAAACUCUAAAGUUCAAAAGCAGCUCUGCAUUUUUUCUCUGCCUUCAAUCAUACUGAUCCGUCUGCGAAUCAUUCUCAUUUUGAAUUUUUUUGUUGUUGUUGCAAAUUUAAAGUUGGCGUUUGUCUCUGAACGCUCCCAGUGUUUAAGGAAAUGUCGCAUAGUUUACCUGUUCCCUGUCCAAGGUGAAUUAAAGUUAUUUCACAGUUGUAUGAUAAUGAGUUUUAUUUCCUCUGCAGAGGCUUUUGAAUACCUGACACUUGAGUUGAACAAAGCACCCGGACAGGGCCUAGGUUUGAGCAUUGUUGGCCGAAGGUAAAGUCUGUGAAAUAGACUGAAAUCAAUUAAUCAAAUAUCUUGCGGUGUGACGGUCCGCCUUGAAGCUUUUACUCUCUGUUAUGAUUGUUCCCUUUGUAAUCAACACAGUGUCAAGUAAUUAUUCAGUUUUUCCACAUAUUUUUUCACCCUACAGGAAUGACACUGGAGUGUUCGUUUCUGAUGUUGUCAAAGGCGGCGUCGCCGAGGCUGACGGACGCUUGCUGCCUGGUGAUCAGAUCCUCUCUGUUAACGGAGAAGAUCUUAAAAAUGCAACGCAGGAAAUCGCUGCUGGCGUCCUUAAGGUAACCAUGGUGAUGUGUCUAGGUAAAUACCAGGGGCAUAGACUUUUUCCAAGUUGGUGGUAACCGGUAAAAGACUACUUUCAUAGCGUAAAUAAUUGUGAUCAGUAAAAUAUUUUCAAGAUUUAAUAGACUGUUGAUAAAGACUGCAGCGUGGCGUUACGUGUACCGAUGAACAAAUAGAGAGGUUAAGCAUCGCGUUUACGUCAAUUUGUACCACGUGACCAAGUGUCCCCUUUACUUGUCGCCUACUGUUCAUUAUUUCUACACAUAACUAAGGUAGUCUCCCGCAAUUUUUCUAUCCAUAAGAAUUUUCUGAGCUGUUUUUAUCUGCUCCCUUUCUAUUUUGAGAAAUUCUCAACUUGAAUCUGAGGUUUGCCGUUUGCCGUAUACGUAAAGCUUAAACUCUCUAAUGCUGCUUUUUUUUCAGCGAACUUCUGGUCGGGUUAUACUGGAGAUCGCUAGACUGAAACACGGUACCAGUUCCCGCCCGUCUUCAAUGAGUAGUUUGCCCAACAUACAAUUAGGCGCCGGUUCGCUCAGUAGCAUGGAAAAUAUUGCUGUUAAUAUCCCUCUCGGUAAGUGAUGAGUUUUCUAUUUGUGUAAGCCUUCUAGAGUUACUGAUAAGGCUGCAUCUGUGUGUAAGGAUUAGGGACCUUUGAGCGCAUUCGCAUUCUUUCAAUUUUCAUCACGAUUAUUCCAUCUCACUUACUUUGUCAAGUAAAUGGGAACUCUCCAGGAGUUGAAUCACUAAGAACAAUGUCUAAGUGCAGAAAAAGAAAGAAUUUCGAUUUCACUUGUUUACGUCAUCCAUGAAACAUGAAAUUAGGUGAUGUAGUCGUGCAAAGACGGCAAAGGAAUUCACAAAAAGUGUGAGUUGUUGUUUUGGUUAUAAAACCUAUUGCUUUUUCUGACGUUCUCGUUGCCGUUGCCGUUGCAGUCGCUGUUGUCUGAUCUUAAGGUCCCCUUCAUUCAUAAGCUCCUUUGGAAAGAGGUAGUCUACCUUUGUACCUCAAAAGCAGUAAUAUUAACCCUGGGCACAUGAACAAGCUAUAAAUUUGAUAAAACCUAACAGAAUUACACCUCUCUUUUUCAUGGCAAAGGAUAGCUUGUAAGAACGUUUUACCGAAAUACCUUUUUUUUUCAAGAUUUUGAACAACCGGAAACACAUGCAACAGAACAAACAUCCGUUCCCAGCCUCCCUCUGGCGAAUUUGCUACCGAUGUCGGAGCUCGUAGAGCAAACUGGCGAUCUGAUUCAGUCAGAUGGAGAAGAGGAAGAAGAAGAAACGUGAGUAGAGUUUCGAAUAUUUAUCUACUCUCAAUCACAGGUUGGUAAAAUAGUCACCAAAUUCAUUUGUCAAAAGCUGAAAACAAACAAAAUCAUGCGAAAGAGAGCAGAGCAGUACUUUACCACAGUUUCUAGUUUAAAUUACAUGAUUCUCUUUCACAGUCUCAGGAUCUUGUGACUCAGAUGUGAAAGUUAACUUUUCGUUUCUAAGAGAAUAUCUCUUAAAACUUAAAGGCGUAGGCUCGUCUGCAUCCUAGGAAUGUGAGAAGUCACUCUUUUCUUUACAGAUUCCUAAUACUUCUCUUGUAUCUUUUCAGACCACUGGAGCCGAAACUUAUUGAGCUAGAACGCGGCCCAGAGGGCCUGGGUUUCAGUAUCGUGGGUGGUCNUAAUACUUCUCUUGUAUCUUUUCAGACCACUGGAGCCGAAACUUAUUGAGCUAGAACGCGGCCCAGAGGGCCUGGGUUUCAGUAUCGUGGGUGGUCAUGGGAGUCCUCAUGGCGACCUUCCAAUCUACGUCAAAACUGUCUUCCCCACUGGUGCCGCGGCACGAGACGGACGACUGAAGCGUGGUGAUCAGAUUGUUGCUGUGAAUGGAGAGAGUCUUGUAGGUGUAGCGCAUGAGAAUGCCGUUGCUAUGCUGAAGAGAACCAAGGGAAAAAUUAUUCUAACUGUACUUUCAUAA